AUGUCUCUGUUUCGCUUUGGACGUUCAAAGAUACUCCCUCAAUGGCCCACGCGAGCCUCAUCCGUUUUUUCACAGCCUUUUGUUGUGGAUGCCAAAUUCUUGGCACCGCCCCAUGUCAGAAAUAUGCUUGUUCCAAAACCAUUUGCGCCAUGGGGCUGCAAUUUACGUUGCUACUCUGUCGUCAAAAAAUCAGGAGCCAAGGAUCCAAUUGGCACGUUGGCGCUUUUAUGGAAAAAAUUUAUCUGGCGGGAAGAGCCGUUUUUUCUCAAUCAGCGAAGGAUAUUGAUUGGCUCUGCCAUUGGGCUGCUGGCAUUGAGCAAAGUUCUCAACGUGCAAGUACCGCUGAUUUUCAAGAAAAUCAUCGAUUCUACCGUUGUGGCUCCCGAUGCAUCUUCGAUGCUUGGUGCCCCGUUUUUUCUAUUGCUUGGGUGGACGGCGGCCCGCCUUGCGUCCGUGCUUAGUGGCGUUACACAGGGUGUCAUCAGAGACAUUAAUCGAUAUGCAUUCGAGUCCCUUACCAGUCCCGUUUUAGAGAGGCAAGGAGAUACUGGCCGACCGGUUGCCCACGUGAUUAAAAUCCUGGAUCGGGGUGCCAGAGCACUUCAGGGCCUGACUUCGUCGCUUUUUCUGAACAUUACGCCGACAAUUUUGGAGUGUCUCGUGGUCAUUGGUAUGCUGUGGUCGUACUUUGGAUGGCAUGUCGCAGCCAUUUCCAUUACCGGGGUCACGCUCUACUCCACAUUGACCAUGGUGAUCUCGGAGUGGAGGCUCUCUGUUCGUGCACAAAUGAAUGCCGCAGAGACAGCAGUCUCUGCCUCAUUAUUGGAGUCCAUUUUGAAUAGCGAGGCCAUUCACACAACACCAAAGGCAAGGGUCGUCGAGAAUUGCAGACAUGAACGACUUUUGGAGAAUUUUGAGAAAUCGUCGUUGAAAACGGCCUCCUCGCUUGCCAUUCUCAACGGCGUCCAAGGUGUUCUGAUUACAAGCUCUAUGGCAGCAAUGCUUUGGCUUGGACUUGUAGGCGCUGUAACCACACCUGGUGAUCUCGUUUUGAUGCACGGGCUUCUGUUUCAACUAGCAAAUCCGCUUGGGUUUCUCGGAGUGGCGUAUAGAGAGGGACGCCAGUCCCUCGCUGAUGUAGAGUCUCUUCUCCAAAUGCUCUCUAGGAAGGAUUCCACGACUAGCCACAAGGCGAUCAUGGUAUAUGAUGAUGCAGUCAAACAGCAAGCGAAAGGAUCGAUAGGUUUGGAUCUACAAGGACCCAGUAUACACCAUGUGGGUACAUGUUCACUGUUUCCGGUUGGAAAGCGGCGAAUAUUGCUGGUUGGGGCUUCUGGUGGAGGAAAAUCGACUUUGGCACGCAGACUUGCCAUGGAGCUGGGAUCUCGAUGCAUUUGGAUCCCUCAAGACGUCUCGCAGCUUUUUUCUAGAAGCAUCUUUGCAAAUAUUGCAUACGGGGUCGAACCGGAAGCAAAACUGACACCCCUGCAAAAUGACAAAUUGAAGGAGAUCGUUCAAAAUGCAAUGCUUGCCGCCAAUCUCCCACUGGAGAUGAUGACAAGGGAGGUUGGCGAGCGCGGUUGUAGCCUUUCUGGCGGAGAAAGGCAACGGGUUUUGAUUGCAAGAGCGUUUGCGAGGCUUUUUGCAAGAAACUAUUUGUCGUCCCCAUUAAUGGAUGGACAAGCUCUUCCUGCCCUUGAGAUGGUCAUUAUGGACGAACCAACUGCCUGGCUAGACACACUUACCGAAGUCAGAGUGUUAGAGGCGCUCUUUGAUGGUCUUGGAAAUAUUCCUCUCGUUAUGGUCACACAUUCGAUCCCAACGGUAGCAAACUUUUCCGAUUGGAUUGUUGUAGUUGGCAGUGAUAUGUCAAAACAGCCGAUUAUUCUCCAAGAAGGCCACUGGAAAGAUUUGCUUGCCGUUCCAGGCCCUUUUGCCGAUUUGUGGAAUGUCACUCCAUCAAACAACGAGCUUUCUUGUUGA